AUGUCCGUGGUCCGAGCGUCGUUUUCUGUCGCCCGUCAUGCUGCUCCUACGCUGCACACGGCAUAUUGCCCAAGCGCGCUCGUCGCUCAGUCUCGCCUCGACCACAUCGCUGCUACAGUCUACUCUUCGCCCUCUGGCCGCAUCCCAACCCGCACAAUCGCAACCAGACGUCCGACACUUCCCACCACACCGACCUCGACAUUGUCGCUGAACACGACCCUCGAGCUCCCAACUCUGCCAGCUGCUUCCACCACACUCACCCUUCUGCAGGCCAGAGGCCCCAAGAGAGACACAUACGACCCCUCGCACCGCGUGAGAAAGCGAAGAAGUGGUUUCCUUGCUCGUAUCCGCACGAGAAACGGUCGCAACCUGAUCAAGAGAAGACUUUUGAAGAAGAGAAGCACUCUCAGCCAUUGA